UGGACUCUCCACAACUUGCUGUUUAUCAAUGCCUCUGACAGGAGGAGGGAAUUUCUUUUGCUCUUGCUUUUUCUAGAAGCGUGACAACAUCCUGGCUGCUGGAGAGACGAGGAAAGGAGAGAGGGGUCGUGGAGGGAAGCGCAACAGGGAGGCCCCGUGGGACGCCGGGGUCUGGGGGACGGCAGGUAGCAGCGAGCCGCCCUCCCAGCUGUCACCGCUUCUCAGAUUGUCAGCGGCUGCUAUGCGGCAGGUGCAGCCUGCUCUGCCACUAGGUCUGUCCUCCACAAAGGCAACGACCGGCCAAGGCAGUGGCUGGCCCUGGAUUACACAAGUGCAGACACUCAACUAAGUGAGGAACAGGUGGCUAACAAGAUGGUUGAUUCUAAGCAGACGACACUACACAGAAAUCUGGAAGACCAGGAGGAAGGCCAAGGCUCAGGUGCCCACAUGAUCAGCACAGCCAGGGUACCUGCGGAUAAGCCAGUACGCAUUGCCUUCAGCCUCGAUAAUGCCUCAGAUGAUACACCUCCUGAAGACGCCAUUCCUCUGGUCUUUCCAGAACUAGACCAGCAGCUACAGCCUCUGCCGCCUUGUCAUGACUCCAUGGAAUCCAUGCAGGUGUUCAAACAGCACUGCCAGAUAGCAGAAGAAUACCGUGAGGUUAAAAAGGAAAUCGCCCUGCUUGAGGAGAGAAAGUUCGUCCUUGCUGUGGCAUGCAUCAGUGCAGGCAGACCUCAGAGAAAGGAGCUCAUUGCCAAGCUGGAUCAGGCAGAAAAGGAGAAGCUGGAUGCCGCUCAGCUGGCUCGGGAAUUUGAGGCACUGACGGAGGAGAAUCGGACAUUGAAGCUGGCCCAGUCCCAAUGUAUAGAACAACUGGAGAAACUUAGAAUACAGUAUCAGAAGAGACAGGGCUCGUCCUAACUUGAAAUUAUUCAAUGUGAGCAUAAGAGGUUGGUGGCUGCUAUGCACUGGCCAAAAGAUUUUUAUUUUAAAGGGAUAGUGAGUUAAAAUCCAUUGCUUCUCCUUAUUACCCACAUGGCCGACGUCUAUACUAAUGAGUUUAAUGCUUGCCUGAUAUAGUUUGAGAGAAGGGUUAUUUUAUUUUAAAUAAGGUAAUUAAAACAAACCUAUUACCAGAUGUUUUCAGAGAUCAUAAUUCGUUUCCAAAGAUAUUUUUUUUUUUCUUAUUUAGCAAGAUACGAUCAUACUGUAGAUCCGGGUAGAAAAUGAUAGAAAUAGAACAUUGACUGAUUCUACUAAGAAUCAUGAACAGAAUUCAGCCAUGAAACAAACCAGUAAGAUGCUCACUGCAGUUUCAUAUCUGUGUAUUUUUAAAUUUCACAUCUUUAGUCUUUCUACGGUGCUCUAAUCUGAACUGUCAGAAACUUCUCCAAAUAUAUUUAUGUUCACCAGAGUUAGGUUUAAUCCCUCAAUGAUUGAUUGUACUAAGAAUAAAUGGUUGCAUAUCAUAAAGGCUUUCUCAUGAAAAUAUUAGCGGAAAGCAUGUUUGUGCCAGAAGCACAUUUGCCAGUGCUAACUUGCUGUUGUAAUAAAAAGCAGAUAAGGCUGCAUUUUCUCCGUGCCACGUUACCUCCUGGUAAACAUCUCUGCCUUUGCUUGUGUGUGUUCUGGGAGAAAUGGAAAAGUAUUGUUUGGACAUUACUUUGGUGAGUUCCCAUGAAAACAUCCCAGUAGUUUGAACAGUAAAAUUCUAACUAUUACUCUGUUUUGGAUUUAAGGAGAUGUUUUGGGUCAAUAAUAACUAAUAAGAAUACAUGAGUAAAUUUAAGAUUAAAAUGAUUUUUCCCUUGUUCUAUCACCAUAUUUUGCCAAAUUGAUCUCUUUGUUUUAUGUCCAUUUCUAUUCCUGUAACUUCUU